UUUUUUUUUUUUUCAAACAUCUAUGAAGUUAUGAUAUCAAUCAAAGCACACAUUUUUGUUUAAACCAAAGACUUCACUUUGCUUUUGGGGUAGGGAGUAUUUGUUGGCAGCUCAUUUUGCAGCCACCAACAAGAAGAAAAAAUGCAAUGUCCAAAGGAAGCUCUAGUUAGAUUGUUUUACAACCUCUCAAGCUCCUCCCUGCUUCUCCUUCUCUUCCUAUACUCGUCAUCCAUUUUGCUUUCCAAGUUCUUGUACUUCCUUGGAAGUUAUCCAGUUAUCCAAAGGACUCAAAAUGGAUAUGACUACAGUAUGUUUUCUGAGGAGGAGGAGGAGGAGGAGGAAGAAGGAUAUGCUGCUGACAGGUAUAACUAUAGGGUGAACUGCGUGGAAAAGGACCACCUGGUGGCAGACAUAAUUCAUGGUGGUGAAUCACUUAUAUUCCUGUCAGACAAUAGCUUUCACAGGACUGAAAAUGAUGUUGAGGAAUCCAUGAACCUCCACGAAGAUCCGCUAACAAGUGAUUCCACCGAACAGUUCUCUGCUCAUGACUCAUCACCUCGUACAGAUUCUGAACAUGAUAAUGAUGACAUCAAUUUGCAGGAUGAAGAGAUCCCAAUAAAAGAUGCUGAUUCACUUCAGAAUUUCGAUGUAAAUCAGGAUGGCCCCACCCCCAUCGUCUCACCAAUACUCAAAGAACCAGACAAAAGUGAUCAGGUGGACAAUGACGAAGACGAUGAUGAUAUUAGCAGCAAUCAAGAAAUCAAACAAAGGGUGGAAACAGAUUUUUCAAGAAAUGAGAAAUUUUUUGUUAUAGGACCAACAAUAUUGGAGUCUAAGAAGUUACUAGUUCAUGACAAUGAUGCUGAAGAAAUCUACGGAGACUCUUGCACGAUGGGCUCUACUUCUAAGAGCUCUUCUGAGUGGAGAAGCUCGAUAAAUUGUAGAGAUUCAGGGACUGAUGAUCCAUUUUCUUCUUCCUCAAGAAGAAGUUGUCCCAAGUGGGAGUCCUACACAGUGUUUCAAAAGUAUGAUGAAGAGAUGAUAUUCCUAGACAGAAUUAGUGCACAGAAGCUCCAGGAAACAGGUAAUAAAUAAUUCAACCGAAAAACUUUGAGACAUUUUGGGGUAGUAUUUGUUUCGAGAAAUGAAUUGGGAAAAUUGA